AUGCUUCCUAGUCCCGCUGUCAUUCCUGCCACUCCCUCCCUGCCAUACUCCCUGUCCUCCUUGUCACCCCGACCUCUAUCAAUCCCCUCUCUUUCAUCCCCUGUGCCCUCACCUCCUGCCACUCCUCCUGCCCACUUGCCUGCACGUCCUUCGCUCUCUCAAGACACAGCUCCUGAUGCCGACGCUGUUGCUCCUUGUGAUGCUCAUGUGGUUUCUACUGAUGUUUCCACUGCUGCUUCUGUUUCUGCCGCUGCUGCUGCUGUUCCUGCUGAUGCUGCUGCUGCUGCUGCUGCUGCUGCUGUUGCUGCUGCUGCUGCUGCUGCUGGUGCAAGCACCGCAGCAGGCAGUGCUGAUGUCACUGCAGAAGCAGCUGUAGCAGGCAGCAGUGUGUCCGUCACACUUCAUGCACACCUCGUUGCUGCAGCAGGCAGUGGUGGCACAGUGUCCUCACUGGCUCCAAUGGUAUCAGAGCACCUUCCUGCAGUAGUUCCUCUUGCUUGCUUCAGAGAAUCCUUGCAAGCAGCGCUUGCUGCGCUUCAUGCUGCUCGCUCCCUCUAUUCCCUCCACCUCCACCACCACCUGCCGAGCCUCGUUCCGAGCCUACUUCCGAGCCCAGUUCCGAGCGCUGUUCCGAACAUGUCGAGUGCCGCUUUGUCACUAGACAAGCAAGCAGCCUUGUCGCCUCUUGUGGCCCAGUUCCUGGAAGCUUCUGAAAGGGUUGAGUGUCUGGUGCAGGGAGGGGGGAAGCUGGCCACAAGUGACAAUAAAGGUGGUGAUAGUGGAGGGGGGAAGGAAAGCAGCAGUGGUGCUGUGGAUGGUGAUAGUAAAGGGGGGGAGGGAAGCAGCAUUGGCAGUGUGGGUGGUGAUGUGGCAGGCCGUGACUCAUGGCUGCUGGGUACUCUCCAAACGGAGGAGAGGGCUAUAGAGCAGCUCAUGGGCUCGCUCCCUGCUGCUGCUGCUGUUGGCGCUGCUGUUCCUGUUGCUCCUCCUGCUGCUGGUGCUGCUGCUGGUAGUGGUAAUGCUGAUAUUGUUAGCGCUGAUGUUUCUGGUGCUAGUGAUGCCGCCGCGCCUACUGCAGAGGUUGCAGGGGAGCAGAAGGUAGACAAUAAGGGAACUCAUGAAUCCGCCUCUGCACCCUCCUCUCCCUCCCUCACACAGCAGCACGAGCCAUCGCAACCAAAACCUGCUGUCUCUCCAUCGCCUCGCCCUGAUUCUUCUAUUCCCCAAUCCCCUCCCACCUCCCCUCCCUCUCAAUCCCCCACACCUCACAAGCCCCUCAGCUCUCUCUCUCCUCUCCCCGCUCCCUUCGUCCCUUCCCCAGCCUUCUCCCUCCCCUCCUCCCUCUCCUCCUCCUUUCACCCCGCUUCUUCCUCCUCCCUCACCUCCUCCCCCUCGCCGCCGCCCAAGCCCAAGUUCCAGCUGGCAGACACUGUUCAUGCCGCCCCGUUCGUGCCCAGACAGGCCAUGCUACACCACACUGCUGCUCCCUACUCCCCAUCCCUGCCUGCUGCUGCUGCUGCUGCUGCUGCUGCCACCGCGCCUGCUGCUCCUCCUCCUAUGCCUCCUCUCACUGCUCUGAUCCACCUCUACCGGUCGUUUGACUCUCUUGCAGCAGCCCACUCUGCCUUCCUAUCUCUCCUCCCAACCUCUGCUGUCCCUGCUGCUCUUGAUGCUCCACUCACCACUACUGCUGCAGCAAAACCAGCAGCAACCUCCACUCCUCUCCUCCGUCUGCCUCCGUCAGUUCGUCUUUUUGUGGUGCGGGUGCAACUGGUGGCUGCAGUGCUGCGAGCCUGUCUGGCUGAGAGGAAGGCAGCAAACGCAGGGCGUGCUGAGGAGGGGAAGCAGGAGAGUAUCGAGAAAAGCAUAUCCGGCACAGAGGUAGAAGGAAGGGGUGAGGACUUGGAGGGGCAGGAGGGAAGUCAGAGUAGAGAAGCUGCUCUUUUCAAGAAGAUCCAUGUGGCGAUUCGUGAUUGGCUGAGGGCAUACACUACUGAGUGUGUGGGGCCGCUAGUGGAGGGUCUGGUGUGUUGGUUCGUGCAUCCUGCCAAUCUGCAAGUUCUGUCGUCCCUCAUUGGCCAGUUCUGCCAGGCUGAGGUCAGCAGGCGUUCUGCUGACGCCAGGAAGCAGCACACAUCUGACGAUUCGAAUCUUUCCGUGCCAUCCCCGCGCAUGCACGCUGCACACGUGGCAGCCCUUGCUGCUGCACGUGCUGCGCUGGCAGGCUUUGAUUGGCUGCACGAGCCUCAGCUGCCAGCUGGAUCUGUGACACCUGUCCCUGUUGGUGCCACCCUGGCAGCGAACUGUAGUGGCUUUGCUGGCGGCCGGCCGGCUGCGGCAGUUUAUGGGCCGCUGCUGAUGGACGUGGACAGGGCAGUUGCUGACGUGGCAGCCUCCUCAGCGCAUCUGCAGGUGGCACAGCAGGCAGAGAGGGCGGCUCGAGCGGCUCAGGUGGAAACCACAGAGGCGCGACAGGCGGCUCAGAAGCUAGUCGACAGGCUGUCAGUCACACUGCAGGAACAGUCAGCCAAUCACAGCGCUGCCCUCUCCCAAGCGCACCAAGCAGCAGCUGGCCUCUCAUUGGCUGCUGCCAGCCUCGCCCCCUUCCUCUCCCACUCCAUCCUGCCACUCGUUCGCCAGGUCUUUGAUGGCGCAUCUGCAGUGCAGGGCUCCGCAUUCUCCGCUAUAAUCACACCGGAUAUUGUCACAAGCGCACAGAAAGUGCAUUCGGAGUGCCGCGGUUUCAUCGACCUGCUUGAAUCAGUCCAAGGGGCAACAUCUCCUCUUCCCUCUUCUCACCCCCACCACCUCUCCGCUCUCCUCCGCCUCUCUUCCGCCCUGCACCAGCAAUGCUUCUCCCUCCUCCCAUCCAUCUCCCAUCUCGCACAAACCACCCUCUCCGCCCUCCACGCUCUCCGACUCUCCAAGCGCUGCCACCUGGCAUCCCAGUCAGCGGCGCCAGCGGCGCGAGAGUCUGAGCUGGCAGCAGAAUUGCCGCCAGCAGGGCGGGUGUCGGUGGAAACACUGGAUGGCGCUGUGCUGGCGGUGUGUAGGCGCGAGGCCAAGGCAAGGCAGCAUGCGGAGCAGGUCAUAUUGCACCUGCAGCAGAAGCUCAACAAGCAGGACCCCCUUCUGCUCCCUGGUGCCACGCCAAGCCAAAGAGGUGGUGAGGCAGCUGAUGGUGGAGGCGUGUAG